AUGUCCAGCGGGAAGGGCGAGGCCGAUCGCAGAGUGCCUGGGAUUGCGUCCCAGGCCGAGUAUGCCGAGGCCGGAGCCAAUGGGAAGCGGCGCCGCGUCCCGCUGGCCCCGCCUCCGUGGGGCGCGCGCCGGAGCCACGGGCGGCCGUUAGGGGCGGGGCCUGCAGCCGCCCGCGCGCGGCUCGCGCCCUCCCCUUUGUGUCGCCAUGGCGGCGGCGGCGGCGACGAGGACGACGAGCGAGGGGUCGAGCGCGGCCGGCGCCUGAGGAGGCUACGCUACCAUGGUGGUGAGGGGCCCACGCGGCCGUCAGUCGGUCCGCGUGUCAGUCUGUCCGCGCGCGGCCCCGCCCCGCGCGCCCCGCCCCCGGCCCCGCCCGAGCCCGCGGCCCGCGCCGCCCCUCACCCCUCUCGAGGUCCCUCUCGGGCCCCCGGCCUGGUGUCGGCCCGAGCCCUCGCCCCGGCCCCGCCCCCUCAGUGCACAUCCCUCGCCGCGCCCUGGGUGGAGCUGACAGUGGCCGAGGACCCAGGCUGGGGGGAUGGGCUAGUCCGGGAAGGACCCGCGCCCCCAAGUGGCCCCCCCAGGGGCCUGCCGAAGCUUCCUGGGUCCUUCUUCAGCCCCCAUCCCACAGCCACCCUCAGCCUCUAUUCCCAGCCGCCACCCCUUCCCGGCCUGCCCCCUCCCCCUCCCGCCUCCAGCCCCUUUCGCGAUCUUGAGCCCCACCCCCACCCGGCUCCAUCCUCAGCCUGA